UUAGCGAGACCAACGAGAGGACACCGCCUGAGUCUAGAGCAGCCCGGCGUAACCGAGUGGCGCGCGAAUGUGACGGGAAAGCUGUACACGGCUGCACUUUCCUGACCCCCAGACGUUCUAAACGCGGGAAAAAUGCUUUCCGAAAGCAGCUCCUUUUUGAAGGGUGUGAUGCUUGGAAGCAUUUCCUGUGCUUUGAUCACUAUGCUAGGACACGUUAGGAUUGGUCAUGGAAAUAGAAUGCACCACCAUGAGCAUCAUCACCUCCAAGCUCCUAACAAAGAAGAUAUCUUGAAAAUUUCAGAGGAUGAACGCAUGGAGCUCAGUAAGAAUUUUCGGGUAUACUGCAUCAUCCUUGUAAAACCCAAAGAUGUGAGUCUUUGGGCUGCAGUGAAGGAGACUUGGACCAAACACUGUGACAAAGCAGAGUUCUUCAGUUCUGAAAAUGUUAAAGUGUUUGAGUCAGUUAAUAUGGAAACAAAUGACAUGUGGUUAAUGAUGCGAAAAGCUUAUAAAUAUGCCUUUGAUAGGUAUAGAGACCAGUACAACUGGUUCUUCCUCGCACGCCCCACUACGUUUGCUAUUAUUGAAAACCUAAAAUAUUUUUUAUUAAAAAAGGACCCAUCACAGCCUUUCUAUCUAGGUCACACUAUAAAAUCUGGAGACCUUGAAUACGUGAGUGUGGAAGGAGGAAUUGUCUUAAGUAUAGAAUCAAUGAAAAGACUUGACAGCCUUCUCGAUAUCCCUGAAAAGUGUCCUGAACAAGGAGGGAUGAUUUGGAAGAUAUCUGAAGAUAAGCAGCUAGCGGUCUGCCUGAAAUAUGCUGGAGUGUUUGCAGAAAAUGCAGAAGAUGCUGAUGGAAAAGAUGUAUUUAAUACCAAAUCUGUUGGGCUUUUUAUUAAAGAGGCAAUGACUAAUCACCCCAACCAGGUAGUAGAAGGAUGUUGUUCAGAUAUGGCUGUUACUUUUAAUGGACUGACUCCUAAUCAGAUGCAUGUGAUGAUGUAUGGGGUAUACCGUCUCAGGGCCUUUGGGCAUAUUUUCAAUGAUGCAUUUGUUUUCUUACCUCCAAAUGGUUCUGACAAUGACUGAGAGGUAAAACAAGAGCAUGUAUAUGAUCACCAUGUAGUGCAUGUGUUGUCAUUAUUUGUAGUAAUGACUACAUAGCCAACAUAAUGGUAUGUUUUUUGUUUGUUUUUCUUUUCUAAUUUGGUGGCACUGGUAUAAUCACACAUUAAAGUUUAGUAAUACAGUUUUUAAUG